CCUCGCUGGACUUGCCUUUAUGUUUUCCACAAGCAUUCUGCUGCAGAUACUGGCAUGUGCUUUGUACAACAACUGGUGGCCCAUGUUAGCAGCUCUCAUGUAUGUCCUCGUACCAAUGCCAUGCCUGUUUUUCGGUGGUGGAUCCACACACUUCUUGACAAGCAGAGAAGGCGGGGGGUGGAUUAAUGCUGCAAAAUUCCUGACUGGUGCGUCUGCCAUGGGAAGCCUUGCCAUCCCAGCUAUUCUGAGGCACGCUGGCCUAAUCGAGACUGGUGCCAUGUUCAUUGAGUUCACGUCCUUCUUCAUCCUUGUAUGCACAGUGAUGUGCUUCCACAGGGCUACCCUAGAUGAAGAUUGGUAAAUGCGCAUGCACGGACCCCUUAAGAAUAGUGAUUCUGUGGCCGCUUGACGGCUUCUCUCCAUGCUGAGCAGAAAAAUUCCUGUUGGAAGCUAACAUGGAUCUGUACAAAGAAGCCAAUUUGAACCUCUUGGCUGAUGUUUUAUAUAGAAACUCUUAAGAUCUGUGGUCACGUGUCGAUGCAUAUGUUACUACGUUCACUUGACAUCGCGGUGGCAUGUUCUAUGGUGAAGGAACCAUCUGUGUAAAGCAUGACCAAGAGUACGGACACCCUACUUCUUUGGUUGGCUGCCACAUUGCGUUAACAUAUUAUCCAAUGGAACCUAAUGCCAACAUCUGUUUGAUUCUGAA